AUGAAGCGCGUGAAUGAUCUGUUAGUUGGCCCACAAGGUUAUAUUGCAAAGCACCUGGCUCCAAAACUGUCGGUAAAUCAAACGGGUGUGUACAAUACGUUGAGUACUGAAUUAUCUGAUGUUGAGAACACCAUCAAGUCAACUGUAGGCGACAAACUGAAAACUGCUGGUUGUGUUGCCAACGGAACAUGCGAAUUAAAGGGCGUUCACAUCUCGUCUUCAGAUGACCAACCAGAAGAGAGGAAACGAAGGGAGACAAGCUUUGUUUCAUUUACCAUAGAACUUACAUGUGAUAAUACUAUAGAGAAAGACAAUUGCUAUGACUUACUGGCUGAGAUAGUGACUAUAUUCAACACCUUAGUAGAAAAUCUAGCGUUCACUAUACAAUAUGGUGGCGUUGACUACGACGUUGGUGUUAACAGUACGUACCUGGACGGUUUGGCGGAGUGCGAGCCAGGAUAUGCAUCCGUCUGGCAGUAUUGUGUAUCGUGUGGUAAGGGAACAUAUGCCACUAACGACUACUGUGAGAGCUGCCCUCGAGGCUACUACCAGGACGAGGAAGCACAGCCAUCGUGCAAGAAAUGUCCUGAUGGCUGGACCACUGCCGGACUUAUGUCUAGAGACAGCAUUCAUUGCAAUGUUGAACAACCUGAUGAAGACACCACAAUAAAUUGGAUUCUGUACAUUAUCAUUAUUGUGGUUGGAAUUUUCUUUAUAAUCCUGGCAGUUGUAGCAAUUGUUUACCGGACACAGAAAAGGGGGAAUGGGGUACAACCCAAUGUCAACACAUCUCGCAACAUUGGUAACGAAAAUUUAAAUUAUAGGUUUCAAAUGAGAUAUGUGGAACCAGCCCAUACUAUGUACAGCAGAAGUCACGACAAUGCGGAUGCUAAUUCCUUGGACGAUUUGAGGUUCGAUUCCACAACUUUCGACGGAGAACUAAAUGCCGCGGUUGAGUAUACGGAUGACUUUCAAGGUGCUUAUAAUAAUCCAAUUUACAAAGAUGCAAAUGAUGAUCAGGUGGCGAAUACAAAUGCGAGCGUUGCUUAUAUUACUUUAGAUAACAAUUUAGAUAAACCACCGUUAUCACCACCACCAGUAUACAAGGCAUGGGAAUAAAAUCGAUAUCCGAUAAACGUUUGACAAAGUACUCACUUUUAUGCGAGUGCCUACAUGAUUGUACCGGAAGUGCUAGAAGUCAAUUUAUAUAUCAAUACACCAAUUUUGAAUGCAUAGAAGACAUUUAGUGAUAUUUUGAUAAAUCUGUGAUAUUUAAAUUUGUGUUGUUAAUGUAAAAUUUUAUUUUGUUAUUUUAUAUAUUCUAGACAAACAUGAAACUUAUUUAUUACUAGUACAUACAUGUACAUAUUUUAUCAUAAAUAGCAGUAUAUACAUUAAAUGUUAUCGUUUUAACACAAAUAAAUUGCCUGUUUACUAAUGUUAAUUAUCAUAUGUUUUAAAUAUGUAUUUAUAUAUUGUAUAUUGUUAUAUUUUUUGUUGGUAUCUUAACAAUAUUACAUGUACUAACAUACUUGAAAAGUAAGUUAAACUACAAGCAGACAAAUAGUUCCCUGGUUAAUAAAUUUAUACAAUGUAUAUUUUACUUCUAAUGUUAUAUUAUAACAUAUUGGAUUUUUGUGAACCAAGCUUAAUAUUUGAAUAUUUAAAGGCUGCGCAUUAAUUAUUUGUUAAAAACAUGCAUGUAAUCUUCUAAAAUUAUUUACAAUUUGUAUUUGUCUAUAAAUUGUUCACUGAAAGUUAGCUAUACGAAGUUUUUUGAGAUCACAUUCAAUUCAGUGUCGUCGUUCGUUAAAGAUUAUUUUGCUUUAACUAUAAUGUCUUUCUAACGUAACGAAUGUACUUCAAACAUAAAAGUGUGCCUCUUAUCAUCACAAACAUCAAAUACUAGAAUUUAGCCAUUGAAAAUUAUUACUAUUUUGCACAUUUUAUAAGAGUACUUUUUUUAAUUUUAAGAGUUAUCUACCCCUUGAAUAUAGUAUAUCAUACAAAAUUGUUAUUAUUUUACACUAAUAUACAUGUGUACUUUUAUGAUUUCAAGAGAUAUCUACCCCUUGAAGGUGGUAUUUCAUACAAAAUUGUUAUUAUUUUACACAAAUAUACAUGUGUACUUUUAUGAUUUCAAGAGAUAUCUACCCCAUGAAGGUGGUAUUUCAUACAAAAUUGUUAUUAUUUUACACAAAUAUACAUGUGUACUUUUAUGAUUUCCAGAGUUAUCUACCCCUUGAAGAUAGUAUAUCAUACAAAAGUGUUAUUAUUUUACACAAGUAUACAUGUACUUUUAUAACUUCAAGAGAUAUCUUACCUUUGAAGAUAGUAUUCACUAGAAAAUUGUUACUUUUUUACACAAAUCUAACAUGUACUUUAUGAUUUCAAGAGUUAUCUAUCCUUUGAAGAUAGUAUUCACUAGCAAAUUGUUACUAUUUUACACAUAUCUGCAUGUACUUUUAUAAUUUCAAGAGUUAUCUAUCUAUUUGAAGAAAAUGUUACAUACAAAUGUGUUACAAACAUACAUGUGUAUUUAAAAAUUUUAAACAAUUAAUUAUACUUAUUUUUGUCAAAAUUUCACCUAAUAAGGGUCAUAAAUCUAGCAUCUGUAUUUCAGGAAUUAUGCCUUUAGAAUCUGUUGUGUCUAAAAUGAUUAUAUUUGAUAAAAAAAAUUCUUAUUAUUUAGGUAAUUCAUUAAACAUUUUAUUAAAUAGUUUAACUUCGAAUCACUUGUAUCACAUAUGACAAGGUUUGUAACUCUGGCAUCAAUAUUUUAAUGCUUAUUCUUGUCAAGUUUUUAUAACUUUUAACAUAACAUAGUUGGGAUUGUCUUCUCACACAUCACAUAUGUCAUAGUCUGUUUCAUGAAACAAUCCCUCUAAACUUUCUUGUUGUGUAUUAUUUUUAACACAACCUUUGGUUUUCAAUUAAAAAAAUUCAGUCAAUGUUUAAUCAACAUAUAUUUAUGCGCUAAAGUGGACAACUCAAUUUUUAUUUUCUGAUAUUAAUUACAUAUUUCUUAUAUUUAACCAUAUUUCUAAUUUGGUUAAGUCAUCCAGAAUUAUAAUAGUUGAGUGUGUCUUCUCCGGUACUUUCAGUGAAUUUUGAUGCAUGUUUGAUGUCUUUAACGCAUUUGAAGAAGGCAUUUUUAUUGAAAUUUUACCAUGUGACGGAUUGAGAGCAAUCGUAUGUACAUGUUUUUUAUUGUUUAUGUUUAUUAAAACAAAACAAUCCAACGUG